GCGUGAAUUUGCUUUUAAACAUGGAGAGAAACGUUUACUGAUGAUUGAGUUGAGGUCAUUGAGGAAGGGUGAACGUGUAGAAGCUGGUGUUUUGGAUACUUGGGCAUCUUCUAUUGUGUAUAAACCAGCUGCAUACAAUACUGAUCAACUGUAUGAAAAGUUUCAAGAAAGUGUUAAUCAUGACAUUGACACUGCUACUUUCUUUUUCCCAGUCAUUGCAACUGAUCAAAUAUAUGUCAUCUGCAUUGAUUUGGAUGUUUAUCAAACAUCCAUACACAUACUUGGCAACUCUUCUGCUGAUGGUGCUGGUAUUGCCAAAUAUGGUGAUAUACCAUUUCUUUUGAAAGACUACUUUGUGAGAUAUUUGAACCAGAGGGAUUCAUACAGUGCUGCAAACAGACUAAAAAAGAUUACACCUCAGCGAAUGCUAAUGCAAUGGAGUGAUACCGAGAAGAAAGACGAUUCUGGAGUAUUUACAAUGUGCAUCAUGCAAACAUACAUGGGAGAUGACAGUAGUAAAAAUAAACAAUCAGAUCUUGCAGACCUCAGGGUCAAAUACAUAACAGCAAUUUUAACUGCUGAAAUCAAUGAACUGUCUUGA